CAAACAAAACAAACCCAAAACUCUAAAUUUUUUUUUAAAACAAUUACUAGAGAGAAUCAAGGAGGAAGAGUGCUUGAGCAAUCUCUCCUUUUUGGAUCUCUCAAUUCAUCACAAAUUAAUCUUCUUCAAUACAUAAAUUAUACAUUGUUUAUAAAAAAACAAAUAACCAACUUUUUUUUAUUUUUUCUCUUUUCAUUUCAUUGUUCCUCCGCCACCAUUCACUAAAUUCUAACCUUUAAUCUUGUUGCUUAAAAACAAGAAUUUCAAAUCCUUUUCUUGAUUCCUUAAAAUUAAUACAUUCUUUAAGUUUCAUAAUGGAAAAUAGUCGCCGAGCUCGAGCUUUUUCAUCUCCUGAAUUGGCACAUUCUUCUUCAAGUACCGGCCAUGUUACCCGAGCCGAAGAUUAUAGUUUAGAAGGUAUUGCUACAAAUGUGAAGCUCUUGCUGAAACUAAUCCAAGAGCAUAACGGAGCAACCCCUAACGAUGACCGGAAAACGCAAAGAAUGGCUGGAAUGAUGACAAUCUUAGAUGAUGUUAAAUCAAGAAUUGAAAAAUCACAAUCUACAAGAAAAAGAAUGGCUGAGCUCAGGCGAUGCAACACGGAACUCAGGCCGAGUCGAACCCCAACGACACCAAGAGAUAAGAAACCUCAGGAAUCUAUGGUUGAUGAUAAUGAAAAAUUGAGAAAACAACUCAAUGCAAGCUUAGCUGCAAGAAAGAGCCUAGAGAUUAUGUGUUCAAGCUUGGGAAAAGAAAAGGAGAUUAUGGCUCGAGAGGUUGCGAGAAAGGUUAGUGAAUUGAGUGGUAUGGAGGAGCUUGUCAAUGACCUCAAGGCGCAAAACGGGACAUUGUUAGCGAAACUACAAGCUCUUGCGUCGGAGCAGAAGGAUAAGAGAAGUAGCGGAGGAGACAUUCAAGGGAAUGCAGCACUUCAGGGUCGAAACAGGGCGCUUUCCGAUCAACUUCUUAAGUCUCUUGAUAGCUAUAGAUCAUUAAAGAGGAAAUACAAGGAUGCAAAAGAGGAAAACUUUACAAUUCGGACAACGAUGGAGGAAAUGGGUAUGGAAGUAAGAGAUGGCCUCGAAAGAAUCCGUAGCUUCAGGAAAAGAAUGGACUCUAAAGAUCAGCAGCCUGAUAUUGAAAAGAAUAUCUCAGCAUUAGAGCAAAUGUUUGAAAGAUUCAAUAUGAAAAUCUGCAAGGAUGAUGAAAAUAAUUCUGAAUAUGCUAAACUAAAACAUGAGAUCAGUGCUAGCAAGCCUUCUGUUCUAGCAUACGAAAAAGGAUGAUCGAAUACUGAAGCAUGCAUCAGUCUGCUCGGGAGCUUUGCUUGUGUUUAUCGAGAUAAUAUACGUAAUUCAUAGACAGAAGACAUAAUUUAUUGACAGAAGCAGUUGUAACAUGCCAAAGUAGAAAUCAUUAGCCACACAUUAUCUGUAUCUGUUAAUGUUUGAUUUACUAGAACAGUUACAUAGUGUCUGUCUCCAUAUAGUCUGUAUAAUUUCAAAUUUCAUUUUUCUUGUCCUUUUCCGUUUCGGGUUACACUUCGAUAAUUUUUCGGAGGUCUAAGAAAUCAUUAGCCACACAUUGUCUGUAUCUGUUAAUGUUUAAUUUACUAGAACAGUUACAUAGUGUCUGUCUUCAUAUAGUUUGUAUAAUUUCAAAUUUCACUUUUCUUU